AUGCUGUAUGGGGCUGAAUGCUGGCCCGUUAAAGAUACGCACGUCAAGAAGUUACAUGUGGCCGAAAUGAAAAUGAUUAGAUGGUCAGAUAGCGUUACAAGAAUAGACAAGAUACGAAACGAACUUAUUAGAGGCAGUUUCAAGGUCUCCCCCAUCUUCGAGAAACUUACAGAAACCCGCCUAAGGUGGUACGGCCAUGUUAUGAGGAGAGACGACGGCCAUGUCGUGCAAAGAGCGUUGGCUCUGCCAGAGGGCAAAAAACGAGGAGGACGGCCCCAUCUGACAUGGUGGACGAGUAUGGCCAAACUAUUGGAAAAAGCCCAACUACCCAACCCGACAACUCGAGACAGAUCGUCUUGGCGCCGAAGGAUAAGGAGAGCCGACCCCACCUAA